AUGGCGAGGACUCUAAUUUCCUCCCCUUCUUUCCUGGGGAUUCCUUUUCCUUCUUCCUUCCGCCACCGUCUCCCGCCGCAGAGCAGACGUAUAAGUACUAAAUUGAAAUAUAGCCUCCACGAGCUUCCACCUAUUCAUUCUUUUGAUAAUUCAAUUGAUUUUAACGCGAUUGUUACCCGAGUGGAGGGCCUUCUCUAUACACUGGCUGAUGCUGCCGUGGCUGUUGAUAGUGGCGCCGCAUCUGAGUCGGCGAACGCUGCUGCUCAGAAAAGUGGAGGGUGGUUUGGGUUCAUUUCUGACGCCAUGGAAGUUGUCCUGAAGGUACUGAAGGAUGGACUUUCUACUGUGCACCUGCCCUAUGCUUAUGGAUUUGCUAUUAUAUUGCUCACUGUUCUUGUUAAGGUCGCCACACUCCCUUUGACUAAGCAACAGGUGGAAUCAACACUGGCAAUGCAAAACCUGCAACCAAAGAUCAAAGCAAUCCAACAAAGAUAUGCAGGAAAUCAAGAAAGAGUACAACUUGAGACAUCCCGUUUAUAUAAACAGGCAGGGGUUAAUCCUCUGGCAGGAUGUUUUCCAACUUUGGCUACAAUACCUGUCUGGAUAGGUUUAUAUCAGGCUCUCUCAAAUGUUGCAAAUGAGGGGCUGCUGACUGAAGGAUUCUUUUGGAUUCCCUCUUUGGGAGGCCCUACAACUAUUGCUGCUCGGCAAAGUGGAUCUGGAAUUUCUUGGCUAUUCCCAUUUGUGGAUGGACAUCCACCACUUGGUUGGCAUGACACUGCAGCAUACCUCAUUUUACCUGUUCUCCUUGUGGUGUCUCAGUAUGUCUCAAUGGAAAUCAUGAAACCUCCCCAAACAGACGAUCCAUCUCAGAAGAACACACUUCUCGUAUUGAAAUUCCUUCCCCUCAUGAUUGGUUACUUUUCUUUGUCUGUCCCAUCUGGAUUAUCAAUAUAUUGGUUCACAAAUAACGUGCUCAGCACAGCACAGCAAAUAUGGUUACGCAAAAUGGGAGGUGCAAAGCCUGUUGUGAGUGAGAAUGCUAGCGGAAUCAUCAGUGCUGGACGUGCAAAACGAUCAGGUGCUCAGCCAGAACGAACGGGUGAUAGGCAGUUGAAAGAAGAUGAGAACAAGAAAAAGAGUAGGAAUCUGCCUGCAGAUGAGGGCCAGACUUCACUUGCAUCUGACUCUGGAGACGAGUCAAAUGAAGAAACUAAGUCCAAGGAUGAGGAAGUUCUGGAUAAGGCAUAUGCUUCUAGCAGCACUAAGUCAGUUCCUUCUGGUCCGAGGAAAAGUAAGCGAUCAAAGCGGAAGCGCACGCCUUCGUUGAACAAAAAGACUUAUCGUAAGAAUCUCACAAUCGAAUUCAAUUUGGUUCGAGCAAUUUUGAUAUACUUUAAAGAAAAAUGGGAGAUGGUAAUAACAAGAAUGAUACUGAAGAUAAAGGGCUGUUUUCUAAUCUUGCUGCAUAUGCCGCUGGAGCUGGACACUACCCUCCACCCCACGGAACGACCGCCACACAGUUACUACCCACCAGCAGGCCACCCUCCUCCUGCAGGAUAUCCACCACCAGGUGGAUACCCUCCAUCAGGUUAUCCUGGUCCAUCCCAUUCAGGUCAUGGAUCUGGUAUGGGGGCAAUUCUGGCUGGUGGUGCUGCAGCCGCCGCCGCUGCUUAUGGGGCGCACCAUCUGGCGCACGGUGGAUACCACCAUCAUGGUGGAUUUUUUGGCCAUCAUGGAAAGUUCAAGCACGGGAAGUUUGGAAAGCGUUGGAAGCAUCAUGGCAUGUUUGGGAAGCAUGGGGGAAAGUUUAUGAAGUUCAAGAAAUGGAAAUGA